CCAUCAAACGUCGUUCAACGUUUGUCCCGAUCUGAACUGAUUCUGAUUCCGAUCCCCAGUCCCGAAAUGAUGAUGAUGCGCCUGUGCCUGCUGGCCACCUGCCUCCUGGUGGCGGCCCAUGCCUCCAAGGAUGGCUCCAACAUGCAGCUGAAGCCGACCAAGUGGCUAACCGCCUCCGAUCUGGAGAGUGUGCCCUCGCUCAACGACAUCACCUGGGAGCGUUUGGAGAAUCAGCCCCUGGAGCAGGGAGCCAAGCUGAUCGAAAAGAUCUACCACGUUGGCCAAAUCAAACACGAUCUGACCCCCAGUUUUGUGCCCAGCCCCAGCAAUGUGCCCGUCUGGAUCAUCAAGUCCAAUGGCCAGAAGGUGGAGGCCAAGCUGAACAACUACGUGGAGACGGCCAAGGCCCAGCCCGGAUUCGGUGAGGAUGAGGUGACCAUUGUGCUGACCGGUCUGCCCCAGAGCAGUGCCGCCAACAAGAAGGCCAUGCGCAAGCUGGUCCAGGCCUACGUCCAGAAGUACAACCUCCAGCAGCAGCAGAAGAACGCCCAGGAGCAGCAGCAGCAGCAGAGGAGCUCCGACUACGAGUCCACCAGCAGCGAGGAGGCAGCCGACCAGUGGAAAUCGGCCAAGGCUUCCAGCGGCGAUUUGAUCAUCAUCGACCUCGGCUCCACCCUGACGAACUUCAAGCGCUACGCGAUGCUGGAUGUGCAGAACACCGGUGCCAUGAUCGGCCAGACCCUGGUCGAGCUGAGCAACAAGGGAGUGCCCCAGGAGAUCAUCCAUCUGAUUGGCCAGGGAAUCAGCGCCCAUGUGGCCGGAGCUGCCGGCAACAAGUUCACCGCCCAAACUGGACACAAGCUGCGCCGCAUCACCGGUCUGGAUCCCGCCAAGGCUCUGUCCAAGCGUCCCCAGACUCUGGGUGGUCUGUCCCGCGGCGAUGCCGAUUUCGUAGAUGCCAUCCACACCUCCGCCUACGCCAUGGGCACCCCAAUCCGUUGCGGUGACGUUGACUUCUAUCCGAAUGGACCCUCGACCGGAGUUCCCGGCUCGGAGAAUGUGAUUGAGGCUGUGGCUCGGGCCACCCGCUACUUUGCCGAGUCCGUGCGUCCAGGUAGUGAGCGCAACUUCCCCGCCGUUCCGGCCAACUCCCUGAAACAGUACAAGGAGAAGGACGGUUUCGGCAAGCGCGCCUACAUGGGUCUGCAGACCGAUUUCGAUCUGCGCGGCGACUACAUCCUGGAGGUCAACCCCAAGAGCCCCUUCGGCCAGCGCAGCCCCGCCAAGAAGCAGGCCUCCUACCACGGCGUCCACAACGCCCAGAACUAGGUCGUAUCGCCCAGGCAUCCUAUCUUCUGAUACUCAGAUAAACCCGGAAAACAACGUAGUCUAGUUUAGAAGUUCCAUUGAACAAUCAUAAAAAAAAAACUUAUAAAAUCCCAUAAAAAAUAAAAGCUGCAAAUUUUCUGAAAAAACUUAAA